CAGUUAGUAACCUUCGUUAUUGUUGUGGGUAUUCCCGAUAUGGUUCAUGUUUCUUUAGCGUUUAUUAACUCAUUAUUAGUUUUUAAUGCAGUUUCAUUGAUCGGUUAUGAGGGAUAACUUAAAUAAUAGUGUUUCUACCAUGGCGACGCAACUUAAUGACGACAAAACAACUUACGAAAAAGAAAAAGAGAGGUUUAUCAAGGAGCUAUUUCAUUUUCAUGAGACUAGAGGAACUCCUUCCAGGAAAAUACCAAAAAUAAGUGGGUAUGAAGUUGAUUUGUAUUUGUUGUAUACCAUUGUUACUGGCAAAGGAGGUUGGGUUAAAGUUAAUAGUAGAAAUGAAUGGGAUCAAGUAUUAGAUGAAUUCAACAUUCCCAAACAUUGUGUUAAUAGUGAUGUUGCUAUCAAACAAAUAUAUUUAAGGUAUCUUGAUAGAUAUGAAAAGAUUCAUUUUCACGGAGAACUUGGUGUUGAUGAUGAUGAAAUUAGUAGACAUAGACAGUGGUCAGCUCGAGCAUUACAUUCCAUCCCUAUGACUUAUAACCAUACUCAACACAGUGUAAAUGAAUCUCUGAGGGCAACUAACGGUUUGUCUGUUUCUUUGUAUCAACCUUCUGAAUAUGAUAAACUAUCUUUAUCACUGAUUUCACCUUUACCUAAUGAACAAGAUUUUGCUAUUAAUGUGUGCACCUUACUGUCCAACGAAGGAAAGCACUGUUUAAAACUUAAGAAACAUUCAAGAAUUCUUCAUUAUUUACUAGCUCAUGCUGCUGUAUUUCAUAAUCCAAGUCUUAGAGCACUUUUCCAUGAAAUAUAUGGAAAAUAUCGAGGCCAUUCUAUGAGUCAUUUAUGGCGUGAUAUUAUUACUGAUGAAAGUAUUUUAAAGUUGACUGAUGAGUCUUUGUAUAUAGAAUGGGAGGAUGCGGUGGAAGACGGAAGUGAUGCUGUUUCAAAUAAAACUGGACUGACUUUUGAACCAGAGGACAAAGAAUUAUUUUGUUUAGGUAGAACUUUAGGAGUUCAAGAUUAUAUAGGACAGAGAGUGUGCCAAAUUGCUGCCAUUUUACGCAAUUUAACAUUUGUGAAUGAAAAUAUGGUUUUGAUGGGUAAAGAUACUACAUUUUUACGUUUUAUAAUUCUCUGUUGUUAUUCAAGGUGGGACUCUUUACAUCAAAUGGGUUGGGAUAUGCUGUGUAAUGUUGCAACAGAGAUCACUGAAAGAGCUCCUAUUAUGGAGCAUGUUUUAACUUUAACUAACCAAGGGUUGCUUUCAGAGGAUAGGGCAGAUAUACUCUCUGCACUUGAAGUAUUGACUAAAUUAGCCCAAAAUGAAUUAAAUGAAGAACUUUUAGUUAAACAUUUAGUAAGAGAAAUUUAUGAACGUAUUUGUUCCUUCCUAACACUACAUGAUAUAAUGUUGCUUGUUUGUACUCUAGAAUGUCUAAAUGCAAUUACAGCUCUUGGAGAAAAAGCUUGUAAUUCAGUAUUAGCUGUCCAUGGUAUCAUUGAUGUACUUGUAUCACUUGUAAGUGUUGAGGCUCAAAGUUAUGGUCCUAAAGCUUGUAUUCAAAUGAGAGUUGUUGAAACUGUAAGGGAUUAUAAUUCAGUGUGCCCUCCUUCACAGUCUCAACCACAAACCUCUACAAGUAUCAGUUCUACUCCAUCUACACCAAUUGCUGCUUCCCAGUCUGCUCAAACGCAACCAACUUACACUACACCUCUUUCUGCUCAGAGUUCUUCUCCAGCAGUUUCUGUUGGAAUUGCUCACCAGACUCCACCGAGAUCUCAACAAGUGGUUCUAAAUACUCAAAGAAUUAUUACUACUCCAGCUUCUACUAUUUCUGCUCAGGCUACAGAGCAAAUAGCUCAGGAAAAUGAGAAGUUUGCAUUAGCUUGGCUCAGAUGUACGUUUGAACCAAACACUAAUGGUAAAGUAGAACAGGCUGAAUUGUAUAAACAAUACAUAAAUUACUGUGCUAAAAUUGGAAGAAGAGGUGUGAUAGCCCCUCUUCAUUUUCCACGUAUAGUUAGAACAGUUUUUGGAGGAAGCGUUGGUCCAAAAGUAAUUACUUCUGGAGAAUUAACUCAGCAUUUUUAUGAAGGUAUACAAAUGAGAAUUAAACCUCUGACUUCUGUUCCCUCGGGCCUUGUUCAUUCUACACCUUCAUCAAUUUUAAAAGCACAGUUGAGUGCACCCCCUAAACCAACACCUGCAACCCCUGUCAAAAUGCAAAUUGUUGGUGAAGGUACAUCACAGGGACCCACUUCAUUUAUGAAAACACUUUUGGCCAAUAAAAUAGCAGAACAUCAAAAACAACAGCAGUUGCAACAGCAACAGCAGCAGCAGCAGCAGCUGCUCCAACAUGAGCAACAAUCAGAAAAAUUAACUGAAAGUCAGCCAAGUGGUUCCAUAUCAUUUGAUGAUUCAUCUCAGUCUUCUACCACUCAAGAAGGUAUCACUUUUAAACUAAACGGCAUUAGAUCUCUCAUGGAAAUCUUAGGAAAACCUGAUAAUGCUUCUGGAAAUGUUAGAACAUCAACGGUUUUUAGUAGUCCUGUUAAUACCGUAAGUUCAAACUCAGUUCUACCUGAAGAAGCCUCCACUAGCAAUUCAAGCUCUAUACGUUGUGAUGUCAGUGAAACUGGAACUGAAGAAAAUUCCAAAAGUAGUAUUGAUGGUUUUCUUAGCAGUAUUGGUCAAAAUUGUUUGUCUUCAGAGAAUACUCUUAGAGACGUAAAAGUUGAGUUAAAAGCUGAAUCAUCGGUAUUAAAUGGUUCAUCUUGUGAUGCUUUGAUAGAGAUUAAGGAGGACAACAUCAUAUCCAAUGGUAUUCCUGGGAAAGAAGAUAAAAGGGAAACUUCUAAAAGACCUCUUGAAAAAGAAGACGAUGUAGUCACAAAAAAGCCUCACCUCAAUGGAGAUGAAGUAGAGGAAACUUCCGAGCAAGUUAAUGUUUCUUCUUCGGCAGCAAAUUUAUAUGCUGCACUGGCAGCAGAUGUUCUGGAGGAUGAACCGCUUGAAGAAACAACUCCUGGACCAGUGCAGGUUGCCACAACACAACCUACACAAAUUUUAGUAACAGCUGGAGGACAGUUAACUCAGGGAGUUGUUGUUGGAGGUCAGUAUGUUAUGCCUCAAUCUAAAACCAUUGGGCAAGACCAAAAGCAAACAGUACUCGUUGCACAGACUACUCAGCAACAAGGAACAUCAGCUAAAACUAUCAUAAUUUUACAGCCACAAGGACCAUCUGUUUCUAAUUCAUCACAACAAGUUAUAAGGCUUCAGUUUCCGUCUCCUCCAUCAGUUUUAUCUACUACACAACAGUCUUCAAAUAUUAUUAGAGCAAUUGUUCCACCUAAAUCUACUAGUAACAUACCAGAUGGUAUUUCGAGGGUUUGUACUUCUAUUUCUCAGCCCACUGUUUCAUUACCUACAGUGCCAGCACCCUGUGCUACUUUUGUCAGUGUUUCUUCUUCAGCAUCAAAUUUUGCUCCCUCUGUUAGUUCAACAAGCCAGUCAGUAAAACAAGAUACUAAACCUACUGUAGAACAGAGACAUUUUUUGUGCGAAUGGAGAGGUUGUAUGCGAAAUUUUAAUACUGAAAAUGAAGUUUAUAUACAUGCUUGUGAAGCUCAUCUUCCCCAAGGUAGUGAAGAAAUUCAAUGUUUAUGGGAAAGAUGUGAUGCCAUGAAACGAAAGCGGUUUUCAUUGAUGACUCAUCUGUAUGAUAAGCACUGUAAUCCAGAUGAAAUGAAAAUGGUUGCUGCUAGAAGGAAACAAUUGUCAGUAACAGGGAAAAGUGAGAUGCCUACUCCCUCGCCAGCCAUGCCCCAUCCUGGUUACGGACCUAAUGCUGCAUAUCAUGCUAUUAAGCGUCAUGCCUUGGAUAUUGUAAAUAUAAAAGAUCCACAACAACGAGUUGUGAAACCUGGACCUGCGCCAAUUCCUGCUCCAACUGAGCAAACUAGUAACGAGGGUCCUGUUACUAAAAGUAUUAGGUUAACUGCAUCUCUAAUUCUCAGAAACCUUGUUGUUUAUUCUACAAAUGGACGAAGGCAUCUUAUGAGGUAUGAAUCAUUUUUAGCUUGUAUAGCUCUGAGUAAUGUGGAGUCAUCACGCACCAUAGCACAUGUGCUGUUUGAUUUAUGUAACUCCAGGUGACCGCCUGAUCUUAACGAAUGAAGAUCUGUUUGGAUAUGUAUGAAUACAAGUUUAUUACUUUUUUGUACAGUUAUUGUAAAUAGUAGUGUGUCCAGUAAUGUUAGUUUUAUUAUAAUUCUAAUAUGUACUCAUAUCAAGUAUUAUAUGUGUUAAUACCUAUUUAUAUAAAUUAAAUCAAAGAGAUAAAGCACUAUACUACCACUUCUUUAUUUGAAAGGUUCUAUCGAUAUGAACAAAAUAAUUUUAAUGAUCUACUGUUCUCAAAUAUAGCAUGUGAUGCUAUUUUUAUUUCUUUCUUUUUUUAAUAUAUUUUAGUUCCAUAUUUGAUUUAUUUAUCUUGUUUAUAAAAUUGUAUAUAUUAAUAGAAUAUAAAGGUAUUUGAGGUUUUAUUAUUGUUUUGUUUUUUAUAUUUUGUGACCAUUAUUUAAUUUAUAAAUAUAAUUAAAUUAAUAUUUUCAUUGUAUCUAUUAGUGUACUGUUAAGCAAUUUCUUGCUUGUAAAGUAGCCGUUAGUUUGCAAUAGGAGAAAUGAUCUCUCCACCCUGUAACUGUAUGGAAUAAAUGAUUAUAAAGGUA